UAGGAUCUACAUUACUAAGUCCAUCUACUCCAGUAGGUGGCGGUGUGCACCGCUAAGGCAGUAACCCGCCAUUGAGCUUAGGAGGAAGAUAAAGAGCUAAACACAGAGACUGACAGAGCAAAUGCAUAGUAGUAGGGAAGAGGAGAGUUACAGGAAUUCGCGUGUUCCGUAUUUUUGUCUUUGUCUCUGUCUCAGUAACGAUCUGGCCAGCUCUAAAUGCACUACUCUCUUUUUGCUGCUAUAGGCUAUAACUUGCUGGCUGGGUAUUUGACCGUCGAAGAGCCAUCUAGCUAGUUAUCUAGAUUUACCCGAUGCAGUGUGUUGUCCAGCUCAGUAAUGUUACUUGGUUUCGCACGAAAAGAUGGAUGAAAAGUCCAACAAUAGUCGGCUUCUGUUGGCCCUGUUGAUUGCGCUUUUGUUUGGUAUAAUAGUGUUACAGUAUGCGUGCCCUGGCACAGAUUGCAAAUUGCAGUUGCGUCUGAGUUCGCUGUCUAAAUUGGGUGAAACUACAUCAGGGACUCGUAGUGGAAGCAGUAAAGGAGAGGUUAGUGGACGGGACCCGUACAUUUCAGAAGACGGCACUCUCGCCCGAUUCGUGCCCCGUUUUAAUUUCACCACAAAUGACCUGAGGCGCACAGUUGAUUUCGAUAUUAAGGGCGAUGAUGUGAUUGUCUUUCUACAUAUCCAAAAGACCGGGGGUACCACAUUUGGUCGCCACCUAGUGCGCAAUAUUCAGCUGGAGAGGCCAUGUGAGUGUCCGGCUGGCCAGAAAAAGUGCACCUGUUACCGGCCAGGUAAGCGGGAGACCUGGUUGUUCUCGCGCUUUUCGACCGGUUGGAGCUGUGGGCUGCACGCGGACUGGACCGAACUCACCAGAUGCGUGCCGUCGCGCAUGGGCACAGCAGAGCAUAACAAGACGCAGAAGGUUCCCAGGACGUACCAUUACAUCAGCAUCCUGCGGGACCCGGUGUGGCGCUACCUGAGCGAGUGGCGGCACGUGCAGCGCGGGGCCACCUGGAAGGCCGCGCGGCACGUGUGCGACGGGCGCUCCCCGACGCCGGCCGAGCUGCCCGCCUGUUACCCGGGCGACGACUGGUCCGGCUGCUCGCUGGAGGCCUUCAUGGACUGCCCCCACAACCUGGCCAACAACCGGCAGACGCGCAUGCUGGCCGACCUCAGCCUGGUGGGCUGCUACAACCUGUCGGCCACCAGCGAGCGGGAGCGCGGCGCCGCCCUGCUGGAGAGCGCCAAGCGCAACCUGCGGGGCCUGGCCUUCUUCGGCCUGACCGAGUUCCAGCGCGGGACGCAGUACCUGUUCGAGCGCGCCUUCCGGCUCCGCUUCGUCCGGCCCUUCGCCCAGCUGGGCGGCACGCGGGUGGCCGGCGCGGGGGCGGGGCCCGAGGCGCGGCGGCGCAUCCUGGAGCUCAACCGCUGGGACGCGGAGCUGUACGAGUACGCCCGCGACCUCUUCCUGCAGCGCUACCGCCUCGCCCGCCAGCGGGAGCGCGGACGGGCACGCCGCCGCCGCCGCCGGCACGAGAGCCGGAGGACGCGCGGCGGGGAGCAGCGGAGGGCGCGGCCGCAGAGACCCCCGAGGCCGGAGCCGCACCCCCCUCCUGCUCCGGUCCAGUGGGAGGAGGGGUGGGGAGAAGGGGAGGAGGGCCAAAGGCAGGGUCCUUUUCGGGACUACUUGGAGAAUGUGGAGCGUUGGCGGUAACCAGUGAGGCAUUGUGGGAGUGUUGGGGAGCACAAGGUGAAUGGGAUAAACUCAAGCUGAUUGGUUCGGUUCCUCAGCUUGAUUUGCCCCAUUUCACCAAGCACUUCCUCCAAUCUCCCCAAUACCUACUUUAGUGAUGUCACUGAGACUUUUAGGCCAGUUUUUAACACUGAUUAUUUAUUAGAAUAAUCAUUACUGUGACUGUGAGGAAUUUCUUUUACAUUUUUUAAAAUACUAAAUACAAAUAUGAAACUUUAUUAUUGACACAGUGGAAAUUUUCCUUUUGGUUUCACCAUAAAAAGACAGUAGAAACAUGGCAGAAUAAUGCUUAAUCUCUACAUAGACUUGAUGAAUAUAAACACUGAAAUUGAGGAAUUUGAUUCUUCAUUUUGUCCAUUGUUACUUUUUGUACAUCUAGUUCUUACCUCAUUCACAUUCCUGAAAGUAGUUUUUUAGUCGCGUUAAAUGAUGAAAGCGCUUAAGUUGUGAUGGUCUGUGUGGUUUUUUUUUUCACUCUUGCAGUGACUGUUGUUUUAUGCGGUUGGGAGCUGAUGUCAGAUCAGCACAGCUUUUAUGAAACCCCUGACAUAUUGAAAUGCUAUCCAGUAUUCAGUCAUUUAAUGUUUGGAUUUGUGGGCCUGCAGCACUUACAAUGGUGUUGAUUUAGGCAGAAUAUAAAAGGCAUUGGUGUAAUGAACUAAAAAUGAAAUGGAAAACCAAGUGCGUUUAUCCAGCUGAGGAACUUGCUUUAAGUGCAAUGGUGCACCCCAUAGCUGGGAUGCAUCCAGACUUUUCCAUUGCCAACUGCUGGUACGGGCACUGUGAAAUGGUGCGUGAUUGGCUGUAGCAUAGCUUCAUUGGCAGAGUAUCCCCUAAUCGCAAAAUAACACCGUUGCAGAAACUGCAGUUCAGCUGGUGAUUUGGCAACUGGUCACACUUUCUUCAGAGGACACCCAUUGCCUGUGGGCGCCCUCCCAAAUUGUUGGAGGACACUGCGGUGAUUGGAGAUUCUGCUUUUGCCCCCUUUUUCUGGCCAAUUUAGAUACCCAGUCAUGCUCACGCGGAAACCCUCACCAAAACCUUCAUUGUAGAUUUGGGAGCUUGCAGAUAAGCACAUGCCCUCCUCUACAGUGAGUGAUGUUAGCCUCCACCUCUUAUAACACAGCUGCUGCUUGCUGUCUCACAGACAUAAGUCAGAGGAAAACCCUUCAUGUGCAGCUGACCUGAUUUUAAUUGUGAGUGCCCAAUUGACCAGUGGAGGUUGAUGGUGUGUGAUUAGAGGCAAUGCUAGACCCUUUUGUGCUUCUCUUCACCCUACAGAACUUCUGGCUAGUGUUGGCUCUAUCACAGUACUGAUUCAGUACAGACCGCACUCAAUUUUUUAAAUGCAUGAAAACAAAUAAACUGAAUAGAGGCAGCCAUGAAUAUGCAGGCCUUAUUCACAGAUAGCCCAAGCACAAACCAAAAAAACUGUUUUGUGUAUUAUUUUAUGUAGGUAAACAGACCUCUGUGCUUUAUCCAAAAAUGACUUUAGGACCACUUUUCCUUCCAUGCUGUCAUUGCAUCUUUGUGGACUGAAAAGUAUGGAGGUCUAGUCCGUAUUGUAAGGACUAAAGGGAAAGAGAUGCUUUGCUGGCUUCUGGGUUGUUUGUUCUCUUUUUAUCAUGUUGACUCCUAACCGUUUCAGAAAAGGAUUUGUGAGUCAUGUCUGCCCAGGUCAAUCGUAUACAAUAAUAGAAUGGUACAUGGUCCCCAAGAACCACCUGUCCUGGUUAAUUUGGUACUUUCUGUUAAGAAAAUUCAGCUCUGAAUCCCAGGCAGCAAAGUUCUAUUCCUGAAGUCAAUUAGGGAUCCAGCCUAGUUUCUGUAAAUGUAGGUUUUUUCUGGUAUAUCACAAUUGCAUUAUUCUGAGUCUGAUUUAUGUUAAUUACAUUUCUCAUAUCUUAACGUUUUUCUGCUUUCUAAGAUAUUAUUUGCACGCAACUCUUUAGCCCUGACUUUGAUCUGUCCCAGUGUAAUUACAUCUUGAACAUUUGGUUCAUUUGAUUUAUAACUAAUUGCUGCUUUUAGUUGUUAGUUAUUUAUUAUGCAGUGAUUCUCCUUUUGCCUGAUUUUUUCCCCUGAAUUCUCUAGAAAUAGUUCUCAGAUUAAUUUUUUUAAAAAUUCUUCCUCAGAUUUAAGCACUCCCACGUUUGGUAUUUAGUCUUUGGAUUAAACUGGUGAAAUAACUUCUGGAUGAAUGAUGUGAAUACUGUUCUCUUAAGCUGAAUUUUUAUUUUAUGUACGAAUUAUUUUGAAGUUUUUUUGAUCCUACCAAGCUGUUACUGGGUGUAUAUGUGUGUGUGUGAGAGAGAUUAAGAAUGUUUUAGUAAGACAUGUCAUGUCUGAACAGAUAUUGGAAGGGCGUGUGUCUUUCUGUCUGCUACAGUUUCACUUUCUACCUUUUUAUUUUGGUGCUUGUAUGGUAAGGUGUGACACGUGUUAUUUAUUAAUCUGUAAAUAUUUAGGGUAUUUGUUCUUGUGAGAUUGUUGAAGAUAUUUUUGAAGUUAAAACUAUUGGCAUUGAUGAACUUGAAAAAAACAAGUGUCUUGAGUAUUUCUCUCACACUUAGAUCUCCUUUCCUUCCCCAGCACUUUUCCGACCCAUUUCAGGGCAUUUUUCCAAAUGUAUGCCACAAAAAUCAACAAUGGCCUAAAUGGAUAUCUAUUUACAAAAUUGUUUCAAAUUAUUUACAGGAAAUGGUUAGUCCGUGCAAGUACCAUACACCAAUUAUCAAUCACUAUCACACGAUCACACAGUCAUACUCCUACAACCUCACUGUAGAUGAUGGUACAGACUUGUUUAUUGGUAAUGUGUUCUAGAGCUACAGUGUGUGGGUUGGUGUGGUCGGCAAUGUACAAUGCAUUCCUUAAGGGGGCAACAGCGUGCAAACCGGUAACUGGAGUUGUGUACAUUCAGUGGCAAGCAUGAGUCACCCGUGUCUCCAGUAGGUGGCGAUAACUACAUUAAUGUUCACUCUUCCUUCAGAAUUCAAACCAUGAUCCUUUUCCUUAGAUUUCAUUGUAUGUGUGUAAGUCGAGAAGAUACGAUAUAUGAGUGUCUUCCCAUUUAACAGAUACUGUAAAAGCAAGUGAUUACUAGGCCUGUGCAAAAUUCAUCCUAUUUCUCUGCAGAGAUAUAAUCACAGGCAUCUUAGGAAGAUCUAACUCUAUUCUUCAAAAGCUGGCAAAAAGUUACAUUUUCUUUGAUGUUGUGGUAAAUAUGAUGUAUGUCUUUU